AUGAGAGCACCCCCUCCAGAGGCCUUAAAACCCAGAGGAAAACCCACUCUUCUGGAGGCAACAAUAGACAGCCUGUCCUGUACCCCUGUCCUGCCACCACGUCGAGGUUCCUUCUAUGUGGAGGGUGGUAAUGGCGUGUCAGUGGGCAGCAUCUUGGCCUUCUGGUGCCGUGAGGGAUACCAGCUGGUUGGCAGCGACAAAAUCUACUGCAAUGUCAGGAAUGGCAAACCACAGUGGAGCAACUACCUGCCUGUCUGUGAAUCAAUCCCCAGACCGGAGGACCGUGGACUGAGAGUGGCUGUGUUGGCUUCAGUGGUGAGUGGCAUCGUUAUCCUCGCCAUGUCCCUGUCCUUCCUCAUCUGCUGCCUGCAGGAACGGUCAACCCGGGACAGAGCCAAAAAAGAGGGACGGAGCAGACGCAGAGAGAAGCGCUCAACCCAUCGCAGCGAAUGCUGGCUAGAGAGAGAAGAGGGUGAGUGGGAAGCCUUCCCUCCACCCAAGAUCUUCCAUCUCUCCCAGAGGAUGAACCCCCGUCUGGCACCAGACAGUCCGCUCUACCUGACUGGAGGCCUCAAUGGAUAUGAGAACAGAGGAUACCAGAGGAGUCAAGAGAGUUUGCUGAAGGCGUCCCUGCCCGGCCUCUACCGCUCCGAGUCUCAGCUUUACCCUCAUGUCGUCCUGCAGAGGGUCCCGACCCCGACAGCGCCCUCCGCCCCAUCCGCCCCUUCCGCUCCAUCCGCUCCUCUCUACCUCCAUAUCCCCUCUUCCUCCACCUCCUCCUCACCCGCCCACACAGCCGUCAACGCUCAGCCUCAGAUCAUGGCACAGUACCCUACCCCUACGUACCCUCCUAACCCCAACACAGCUGUGCCCGCCUACCCUCACCGAACCCCGGCGCCAAUCUACCCCAAUCCCAACCCAACACCACAGCGGCCAUGGCAGUAG